AAAAGACCCAGAAAAAUGUAUACUGUCAUGGAAGCCAUCCUAUUUUUAAUGUUAAUUACAGAAAUACUUCAGGACGUUGGCUCAGUGCCAGCUCUAUCUACCGUGGCGACACCUCCAACUCCAGGACUGUCUCUCAGACUUGCUGGCACAUACAACUAUUGUGAGGGACGUGUGGAAGUGUAUUAUGAAGGAGCCUGGGGAACUGUCUGUGGCGAGAACUGGGAUCUGAAAGAUGCUCAGGUUGUUUGCCAACAGUUAGGAUGUGGGAAUGCUGUAGAAGCCCUGCCCUGGCCUAAAUUUGGCUCAGGCUCAGGCAAAAUUGUCCUAAGUGACGUACAAUGCAAAGGAGAUGAAUUUUUUCUAUGGGAUUGUAAGAACUCUGGAUGGGAAGUGCAUAACUGCAAUCAUCAACAGGAUGCUACCGUUCUCUGUACAGGUGAAAAGUAUAGACCAGCUGGAACUGAAGGAGAUGUGGUGUAUAUGGAGCUGGUGGAUGGCCCAAACCAAUGUGCUGGUCGUGUUCAAGUCAUUUAUUUUGCCAACUGGAGACAUGAGGUUUGCAGUGAAGGUUGGGACAUAAGAGAUGCUCAGGUUGUCUGCAAGACACUGCACUGUGGCGAUGCUGUUGCUGCCUUGACUGAUGGCUCUUUUGGUAAAGGGAACAGUGGCCCUUUGAUGACUAAAGUUGAUUGCUCUGGGUCGGAAUAUGAUUUACUGUCAUGCCCAUAUGAGUAUCGUCCUGCUACAUGUGGAAAUUACAACGAUGCUGCUGUUAUAUGCUCUGAUUCUGGAUUGACACCAACUGGAAUGCCAGGUUUUGGAUCAAGCCCAAUUAUUGUUUAGCAGGCCUCCUCUGAAAUAAACAAGAAAAAAGUAUUAGUCCUAUAAAAGACUCACACCUGCUUUCUAUAUCAAGAUACUUCAAGAUAUGAGAAUCAUAAUUCAAUCCAAAACACUAAUAUUUGGCAAAUAUAGUAUGUAACACUGUAACCUACUCUAAAUGCUUACUUUGGGAAAAGAAAGUUUCCAGUGACACUGGACAAAACCAAGAGUGAACAUGCAUCCCUUGAUAAAGAAUUCAUGAUUACAUACCUCUCAUUGUAAAGUUUUGCCCACGGCAAAGAAAGAGCUGAUAUAAUAAUUGCACUUCAAUUGUAUGUACUACAUGCAACAUAUAUAGGAUGCUAUUUUUACCUUUUUUUCCUCCUAUGCUUCAUAUAGCAUCUUUAUUGCCUUGUUGGUUCAACUCUCUCACAAUAUAAGCACAAAGCAGUAACAAAUCCUGUCAAUGUCUGGUCUCUGUGCAUUUUUAAGCCCAGGAUUUACAAACAAUAUGAGAGCCUUUGCAGUAUACAUUUAGAUUCCUGUAACAGACUCCAAAGAGACCAACUACUACAAAAUGUAGCUAUUAACUAAUGCACAAUCUUAUGAGCUUAUCAUUUGAUAUAUGAGAUAGAUUAAAAAUUAAUUUUGAAACUGGGCCUAUUUAUAAAGGUCCAUUUUCUGAGGCACACUGGAAAGAUCUUUUAUCAAUUCCAAAUUGUGAAAUGCUUUUCUUUCAGAACUAAUAUUGAUUUCAUCUCUAUAUGUUUCUAAUGGCAGUUUUAAAAAUAGUCAGGUUCAUUUUUAAUCUCUGCUAUUAACUGUCUUGAGGUUAAUUGUUGAAAGACAGCAUAAAAGCAACAUAAAUAUUUAAUAAGAAAAUAAGUAGAUUUUGGCAUAUUAAUGACAUUGAUUUAAAAUUGAAAUAAUAAUUGUUCUAUACACUUGUCUAAUUGUUAUUUAAUUUAUCUAAUAUAUAAUUGUUAAAUUAGAGAGGGGUUAAUACUUCAGUGAUCAUUUUUAAGAAGUAAAAUAUAUCCAAUUUCCUUUUUUAAAGAAUCUUUUAAACAUUUCCAUGAAAUAAACCUUACAUGGUACCUAACAGCUGCAACUUUCAUUGCCUUCUUUUACAAACUUUUCUUCUGAUUGAGAAAUUAAAGUUAGACCUCUAGAGCAAGAGUAAUCUAUCCAUCAAGCUUGACUAUGUUCAUAUUGGUGGCACUGAGGCUAAUGAGAAGAGUUCAGCAUUCUUUCCUCACCUCAUCUUGUCCUGUCUUGUAGACAAACUCCAGCUAUACCUUAUGGAAAGACAAACCUACUUAACAGGCAGAUACAUGAAUCAACCCUCGAGCACAACUAUUUUAUUUAGCCACAAAGAUUUCACAAGGCUUGCUCAUGCAAAGAGAAAUACCUUACACAAGCAGUUCUUUCAAAAGAAGCAUUUUUCAGGAAUUACUAAUUUCUUGACAGCCUACUAUUUACAGUGCUCAAGAAGAUCAUUAGUAUGAAAUGAAGAAACUUCAUCCUUGCUGUAGGUAUGACAGCUCCAGAAAAAUUAGUUUAAUAAGGAGUACACAUUCAUUAAACUUUAAUGUUAGUAGGGUAAAUUGUGAUAAUACUUUCAAGAUAUGUCUGAAGGGAUGAAGACUACAAAGAAGAAAAAAUGAGCAGUUCUCUUUGAAGAAUUAAGCCUUUGAAGAAAUAAGUACAGAGAUUACUUGAAUAGUAAUAUGCUUUAUGUGUCAUAAGGAUGUUCAUAUGACUGCCAUAUAUCUACAUACAGCCUUCAGUUCUGACUUAGGCAAGUUGCAAAUUAGUUUUAACUCUUGUAUUGCCCAGAAUCAUUCUGGAGUCAGGCAGCGCCAAAAAUGAAUUAA